UGGAAGGCAAUAAUGAGAGUCCCCAAAACCGCGCUCUCUACUCUUGUCAGAACCCAACACACGGCGGCGAGAGCCCCCUCGGACGCCUACGCCUCCCUCCUCCGGCGAUGCGCCGCCGAGCGGUCCCUCGAGAAGACCCGCCGGGUCCACCGCCAUAUGAUGAUGUCUGGCUUCCGGCACCUCAGCCUUGGAAACAAGCUGGUCGACGUGUACCUCAAAUGUGGCGCGAUCGAGGACGCCCGGGAGGUGUUCGACGCAAUGCCCAAGCCGCAUCCUGUCUCCUGGAACGCCAUGAUAUCUUCCUGCGUUCGCUGUAGCAGAAGCCGUGAAGCGGUGGAUUUGUAUAAACGGAUGCUGCGGGAGGGCGUCAGGGCAGACGAGUUCACCUUCUCGAGCGUGCUUAGAGCAUUCAGUGAGCUCGGUCUCGUGGCACAAGGCGGUGCAGCUCAUGGGUGUCUGGUGAUCACCGGUGUAGAUGCCACAAAUGCCUUUGUUGGCAGUGCCUUGGUAGAUAUGUAUGCAAAGUUCGGCAAACUGAGAGAAGCUCGAGCGGUCUAUGAUAGAGUAUGUAGCAAGGACGUUGUCUUGACGACAGCUUUGAUCGUAGGCUACACCCAGAAUGGAGAGUACAGUGAGGCAAUUCAGCUCUUCCGGCAGGUGAUGAAGGAUGGCUUGAGUCCAAAUGACUUCACAUUCGCAAGUGUUCUAAUAGCAUGUGGGAGCAUUGGAGACUUGAGGUGGGGGUUAUCGAUUCAUGGUGUCAUGGAAAAGUUUGGUUUUAAGCUAGGCUGUUCUUCACAGACAUCACUCCUUACCAUGUAUUCAAGGUGUGGACUGAUUGAUGACUCCAUAAAAGUCUUUGAGAGCAUAGCGGAUCCAAAUACAGUAAGUUGGACGGCUAUAAUUGGAUGCUUGGUAUGUAAUCACAGAGAAGAGCUUGCUCUUUUGAUGCUUCAGAACAUGAUUAAUGAUUCAGUUCGGCCUAACGCAUUCACUUUGUCCACAGCUCUGAGAGCGUGCUCCGCCCUUGCAUUGUUCGAACAAGGGAAGUUGAUCCAUGCCUUCACUACAAAAAUUGGGUUGGAUAGCAACAGAUUUGUUUGUGCUGCAUUGAUCGAUACAUAUGGAAAGUGUGGGCGUAUUGGAAUGGCCAGAAUUAUUUUUGAUGAUCUGCCAGGGCUUGAUUUAGUUUCUGUGAACUGUAUGAUCAAUGCCUAUGCACAAAAUGGCCACGGAGUGGAAGCAAUUCGAGCGUUUGAGAUGAUGCAAGUAUCGGGUUUGGAACCAAAUGAUGCGACAUUCACCAGUGUUCUUUCUGCUUGUGGUAAUGCAGGACUGCUUGAAGAAGGCCAUCGAGUGUUCUCUUUCAUCAUCGACUGCUACAAGCAUGGACCAUCUAGUGACCAUUAUGCAUGCAUGGUUGACCUUCUAGGUCGUUCCGGAAAACUGGAAGAGGCUGAAGGGCUGAUAACCAAACUUAGGAGUCCAGACAAAGUUCUGUGGAGGUCUUUGCUAAGUGCCUGCAAAAUACAUGGAAAACUGGAUAUGGCAAAGAGGGUUGCGAGAAAUAUACUCGAGCUUGAUCCAGGUGACGAUGCAACUUACAUUCUUUUGUCGAACAUUUAUGCAUCUUUAGGUCAAUGGAAUGAGGUGAUCAAUGUGAAAUCUGCAAUGAGAAGAAUGAAACUGAAGAAAGAUCCAGCCAUGAGUUGGAUCGAAGUGGACAGGGAGUUCCAUACAUUCAUGGCAGGAGACAGGGGUCACCUGAAGGCAGAAGAGAUCUAUAAACAAUUGGAAGUGCUGAUUACAAGGACCGAGGAACUGGGCUAUGUUCCGGACACAAGGUAUGUCCUACAAGAAAUGGAGGAGCUGGAAAAGGAGAGAUCCUUGUAUUACCACAGUGAGAAGCUGGCUGUGGCCUUUGGGGUCAUGAGCAGCAAUGACAAGGGAGACAUACCAAUCACAAUAUUCAAGAACCUCAGGGUCUGUGGUGACUGCCAUUCUUGGAUAAAGUUGGUGUCUCAAGUGGUGGGCAAAGAAAUCAUUGCUCGAGAUGCUAAGAGAUUCCAUCAUUUUAAGGAUGGGCUGUGUUCAUGUAAUGACUAUUGGUAAUCGAAACUGGACUUUGGAGUGAAACAUGGUUGAGUUGAUUCCUCUCAGCUUAUCCUGUUGGAUUAACUUAAGAAUGUGGUCUGGCCGUGGAGGGUUCAGCGAAACUCAUUGCAGCUAUUAUGACAAGUUUAUGGUGCCACUAUUGCUGAGGUUAUGGUUCCGAUGAUUUUUUCUGACCACUGUUGCCAAAGAUUUCACUUCCUCCAUAGAGAGAGAGUGCUCUGAAACGUGUGCCAGCAUCAACUUAGUUAACACAGAAAUCAAGAUCUUCGCUAUGGAUGCUGUGAAUUUGAAGUUCGACUUUUUCUUUCCGUAAUCUGAAACAUCAUAGACUGAAGGUAAGAGUGUAUAAAUAUAAAAAGUAUCUACUUCCAUACAUGUGGAAAGAAAGAAAUGAGAAUAUAUUCGAUGAGUAUAAGAGUUAUAUGCAUCAAGCUAUAGUCACAACUAGCUUUUUGUGCUAGAGGGAAUGAAUACGAAGGGAAUCAUCUAUCCAAUCCUAUUCCAUUCAAAUGGAUUGUGGGUUCAGAACAGAUCGAGCUUACAAAAUGAGGCCAAGAUAGGAAGGAUACACAAAGACACAAUUACUCACAGCUAAUGGAUGAAAUAUUGACAGAGAGCAAGACUUGGCGUUGGACAAUUGAGCAUAGUAUCUUUGGGAUGAUUGCUUGGGAUGACCUGCAGGCACGAGUGGCGUCGCUUUGGGAUGAU